GACGUCGGCUCACCCAGUCCCACCCCGGCACGAUUAGGUGGCAGCCAAACGAAGAAAUCUCGAUGCUUUCCCCUGCUCGCUUCGGGCUCGCCGCCGCCUUCCUCCUCGUCCUCCGGCUGCCGGCGCCGGCUCCGGUCUCAGCCGCCCGCCCAAUCGUCGCCGGCAAGCCUGCCCCCUCCGAGGCCACCGCCACUGCGAGGUGGCUCGCCGCACAGAACACGUGGGGUGUCGUCAGAUCAAUAGCCUAUUUGGUUGGUCAUUCGCUAAUACCUGCUCAUAUCUUUCUCAGCACAAUAUCAAGUGAUCUAAACGGGGCUCCAUUUGGCAAUGUAGUUUCAUAUAGUGAUGGGUUACCGGGUGAGGGUCAUGGAAUUCCAUACUUCUACCUGACAACUCUGGAUCCCACUGCAAGGGAUGCGCUGGAGGAUGAAAGGACCUCCUUCACCCUGAGUGAGUUCCCUCUUGGGACAUGUGGGAAGAUUGAUCCUGAAAACCCCACUUGUUCAAAACUUACUCUUACUGGAAAGUUGAAGUUGGUUGACCUGCAGUCAUCUGAAGCAGAUUUGGCCAAGUCAGCACUUUUCACCAAACAUCCUGAAAUGAAAGAUUGGCCAAAGAACCAUCAUUUCAAGAUCUUCAAAUUGGAAAUCGAAAAUAUAUUUUUGAUUGAUUGGUUUGGGGGUCCUAAACCCAUAUCCCCCUCCCAGUACCUUGAAUUUGGAAGGAAUCAGCAAUCAGUGAUGUCGUCAUAAACAAAGAAUGCUUCACGGAUCAGUAUCUGGUUUGUGUAUGCUCUUAAUGAUGAAAUGCAUACUGUACAUAAUGCAAACUGUAAUGACAUCUCUGUGCGCUGAAUAAACUUAUAAUGUUGUGUUUGUUGAUAUUGUUGUUCACCACAUCUUCGUAAGCAAUUGCUUGGGGAAAAAAAGAAACUAGUUUCUGUG